UGAUCGAUAAUCGAUAGCUUCGUUUCUCCACCUCUAGCUGCAAAUUACGCAUAUUUAUUUUAUACCCUGUACGAUUUAAAAAGCAGAUUCUAUAAGAUAUAUGUGGUUUGCUUUUUACGUGCAGCGCAUUUCGCAGCGAGUGAAUUUCAGGACGCGCCCACAAGGAGGCCAAGGCCAAGCAGCUGCUCGCCAUGGUGAAGAAGCGUCAGACGGAUAGCCACGAUCACGAGAGCUCCACGGACUCCGGCGAUGAGGAUCUGCACCACCGGAACACGCUGUCCGGCUCCGCCGGCCAGGCGGACGGGGCGGCGCCCAUCUCCGCCAGCUGCCAGCACAUCAAAAAGGCGGUGGACGCCACCCGGCUGCGGCGUCUCCUGAAGUCGACGGGCCUGCUCUACGAGUGCCUCCAGUGCCAGAAGCUGGGGAAGACGGCCGCGGAGGGAGUCGGCGCAUCCGGUUCUGGUGGAGACCCCGGGGACUUUGAGUUCGACAGCACGCUGUGGUUGUGCCUUAAGUGCGGGAGCCAGCUGUGCGGGAGAGCCCGGCACAAACACGCCCUGGAACACUACAAGACACCUCACUCGGACUCGCAUGCCUUGGCUAUGAACACGCGGUCCUUCGACAUCUGGUGCUACGAGUGUGACAUAAAGAUCUGCUCCAAUCUGCGCAAGAACCUACUCGAGUGCGUGGAGCUGGUCAAACGGCUAGCCCAAAAGCCGCCCACUAACACAGCCACGCCCAGUCCGCCCACCAUUAGCUACAUCGAGCAGAAGAUAAAGACCACACUGGAGCACCUCACGCCCAUGGUGCCCAUGACGGGAGGAUCCUUCGACGACUCCGGCGGAGGAGGGGCCGUGGCGGUGUGCUCGGGCGGAGGCGGUCAGGUGGCCAUUCCGAUGCCGCCGCCGCCGCCCAACUCAGGACAAUCUCCCUCAGGUUCGUUGACUAGUGUGCCGGGAAUGGCCAAAAGGGUUGGGCAGCCCAUCGCCACCGUCGGCGUCAACAACGCGGACAGGCGUCUUUUAGCCUUGGAGACGCCGCGCAACGAACUGGACCGACUGCCCAGGGUGCGCGGGCUAACCAACCUGGGUAAUACUUGCUUUUUCAAUGCGGUGAUGCAGUGCCUCGCCCAGACGCCGUUCCUACUCAGUGUGCUGAAGGAGCUGUCGGAGCCCGGCGAAGAAUUCGUACUGCCCGGAGGAACCUUCAAGCUUAAGGACAAGGGUGACAUCGAGCUGCCCAUGAUCAAGGGCACCCUAUCCUCCUGGGGCGGCCUUACCGCUGCGUUGGCCAAUGCCCUCGAGGAACUCCAGGCGGGUGGCAGUGUCUUCACGCCCAGCAGACUCUUUGACAAGCUGUGCGUGAAGUGUCCGCAGUUCACGGGCGGCGACCAGCAUGAUGCCCACGAGCUGUUGCGCCAGCUCCUGGAAAGCGUGCGGAACGAAGAUCUGAAGCGCUACCAGCGCGUGAUCCUGCAGAACCUCGGCUACAAGGACCAGGACAUCAACAGUGUCUCGGAGGAGAUGCGACAGAAGUGCAAGAUCUACGGCAACCAGGCCGGAGACCGUAUCCUGCGCCCGGAGCAGGUAUUCCGCGGCUUCCUCGUAUCCACGCUCACUUGCCAAGACUGCCACAGCGUGUCUUCGCGGCACGAGUACUUCCUGGAUAUGUCGCUGCCCGUGGCGGUGGAAAAGCCCCAACCGCCUCAGCGCCGAAAGCCGAGCCCGGAGCUCUCCAUUGUGGCUAGCAGCUCCAGCGUCAGCUCUACCCAGACGCCCAGUCAAACGUCGAUCAACACCAAGUUCUCGGAUGGCAGCGUAAACUUUACAGCCUCGUCGUCGUCCUUCUUCCUGCACGCCGAUCAGGAAGCAUCCCUGGGCCCCUCUAAGUCGCAGGUAAAGAAGGAAAAAGAGCGGGAGCGCAAGGCCAAGCGCGCGGCCAAGCACCAGCGCCACAAGCAGGCCCAAAAGUUGAACCUCAAGCUGAACGGGAAUGAGGGCGGAAAUGGUUUGGCCGACUCCGGUGAACCGAGCGCCCCUUUGGCCUCCCUGGGAGCCGGCGAUGGCCAGGCCAACGAUGGCCUUGAACAACCCAAGGACCAGACCGAGGAUACCACCUCGUCCAGUGUGACUACCUCUGAGCACUCCGAUGCCGAUGUGGAGGAUAAUCUAGUGGAGGACGCCGCCCCCGCGUCGACCCAAGUUCCGACCAAGUUCUACACGGACAGCAACGGCAAUGCCCAGCCGAUGGGUGAAAAGCGCGACGACACGCCGGAACACAUGGACAAGGAUUCUCUCGAGGAGGACGAAAACGACUCUGGCAUUGCCACCAGUCCCGCACCCACUGCUACCAACUGUAUUACAAGCAGCAAUGCCGCCAACGGCGCUAAUACCACAGGCAACAACAACUCGGGCUCCUCUGGAUCAUCGGGCGCCACGGAGGAAACCUCUGCGCCAGCGAGCCUGGUCAGUGCAGGCCUCUCGGAGAAGGGUGCCUCCCUGAUCCGCCAGAUCUCGGUGGGCGCCGAGCAAGGCGGCCUUAAUGGAACUGCAGGGGAGGAUGGAGGGGACCAGGCGGUCGUCCAGACAGAGAAGACCCCAAACCCGACCAAAAUUCAGACCCAGAGCCAGGCCCAGGCCCAGGCCUUGGCUCAAGCCCAAGCCCGCGCGAAGCGGGUGCGCACGCAGAGCUACUCGGACUGGAGCACUACGAUAGCGCCGCGCUACCAGUGCGAGGAUGGGGAGUGCUCCGUGCAGUCCUGCUUGAACAACUUCACUGCCGUCGAGCUGAUGACGGGCCAAAACAAGGUGGGAUGCGACAGCUGCACGCUGCGCAUCAACGGCAGCGACCCGAAGGCCAAGUCGGUGAACACCAAUGCCACCAAGCAGCUACUGGUCUCUAGUCCUCCGGCGGUGCUAAUUCUUCAUUUGAAGCGCUUCCAGCUGGGACCGCGCUGCAUCUUCCGCAAGCUGACUCGCCCGGUGAGCUAUUCCAUUCUGCUGGACAUUGCCGCCUUUUGCGGCUCCAAGGUCAAGAACUUGCCGAACAUCGAUCGCAAGCAGAAGAAGCUACUGUACGCGUUGUACGGCGUUGUGGAGCACUCCGGCGGGAUGUAUGGCGGACACUAUACGGCGUAUGUGAAGGUGCGGCCAAAGGUGACGCCGGAAGACAAACGGUGGAAGUUCCUGCCGCACGGCAGUAAGGCGGAGCUGGAUCAGGACGACGACCAACUCAAGAAACUGGAGGAGCUGCUUGCCAAGGAGAAGGCGCGCGACCUACACCUGCACGCGAUUGACGACAGCGACGACUUCACCAACUCUAGCAGCAACUCGUCCACCUCCGACGAGGGCAAUGUCCCGACCACACCGCUCGAGGAGCAGCAGUCGCCGCAGGAAGAGGCCGCUAACGUGCAGGCACCGCCCGGCAAAUGGUAUUACGUGUCCGACUCUCGUGUCCAGGAAGUCAGCGAGGACACGGCGCUGAAGGCCCAAGCAUAUCUGCUUUUCUACGAGCGCAUAUACUAGGGAUUAGAUCUUUUAAAGAGAUUGGGGUGGGGAGACGUAGAAGCAUGACGCGGGAGGCGAAUGAAAGGAGUGUUAAGGAGGAAAUGAGCAGCCGUGGUUCCAUCAACUAGCUUAGGAUAUUCUACACAUAUACAUUAAUUAAUUUAAUUUUUUCCGUUGGGUUACGUUGUUAUUUUUAACCCUGCCCAAAAACCCAACUUUGAUAUAUUAUUUUUUUUAACUGCAUUUUGUUCAAAACAUCGAAGUGGAAGAACUACGACCUUGACUGAAGAGAAAGCAUGAAUGCGAAGCAUAGGGGAAAUAGUUGAAAGAUGCGGUAAAACCUAGACUUGAGACAGAGACAGACAGAGUGGCGGCGAAAGAGAACGCAGAUACUCACACAUGCCAAAUGCAUUUGGUUUCUCCCACUCAAAAUUCGUUGUAGAUUUUCGUUUUCUUGGGACAAGCUUUAGUUAGUCAACACGGCGGAAGAAAGACACGCACUCUUUAAAUUGUAGUUCUCAGGAGUUCGGCUUUUGUUCGUAUUUUACAUUUAAUUUUUAUAAUCGUUUACUGAAAGACACUUAUGGGAAAUUAUCAAGUUUGUUAAAUUUUAAUUUCUUGGUUCCAACAUUGCCCUGAACUAUGACAGAACGUUGCUUGAUCCACACACUACACUAGGAACAUUCAAAAUUAUGGAUAAAGCGCUGGAGGAAAACACUGCGGAGAUAACAAAAGAAUAGGAACAUAAGGAAUGAGAAGGGAUAACCGAAGAAUAACUAUUUGCAGAUAUUCAUAAGUUAUUAUAACAAAUACGAAUGAAAUAAAAACAACCAAUUGCUCGCUUCUGCCAAUAUAUUUAAUGUUCAGUAAUUUGUCUUACGCCUACUAUAUAUACACUAUAUUACGGGCAGAUAUACAUACCGCCCACUUAGAUAUUUACAAGUUUAGCAGAGAAGUAAAUGUUUUGAACCUACGUAGCGAAGGCAAUUGCAACAAGAGAGAUUUAUACAGUCGCGAAACAUAAAUAAUUAUACAACACAGUUUAUCUUAUGACCUAGGCUUAACUAUCCAUUAAAUUAUUAUUAACCAACCACGGACUCUGUGUAUAUUAAAGAGAGAAACGAAUUAUGAAUGCAAAAAGUUAUCUUGUGAUUUUUUGCCAAAUUUGAGACUUUACCUUUACUGAUUUAUGAUGAAUGUGGCUUACAAUGGGCUUCACUGAGUCACACGUAAAAAAUUUAAGAAUCGGGUAAAUUAUGCUAAUACAUUUGAUUUUAUUAGUGAAAAUGAUCGAUACCUCAAGACACAUUAAAUAUUAUUUCCAAUUUUUUUAACUCCCAGCUUAUGCCAGAAAAUUAAAAUGCAGCAAAUGCAUAUGUGAAUUAAGAACCACAAA